GGCUUGGCCUUCGUGGUGAGCACAUUCUCGCGUCCGCUUCCCGCGUGUGACCGCUUGGGACCCUCCACUUUGCCUUCCUUCCGCGCGGUGCCUUAGUGAAAGCCGGCCGCGAGUGCGGGGGAAAAAAGGCCGAGUUUUUAGGGAAAUUUGAGCAUGGAUACGACGGUGUGGAUCCUGGCGGCGCUGACGGCGGCCGCGGUGUCGUGUUCUGCAGUAGACUUGCAGUCAGCCUUUAAGAUGGCUCAGUGUAGAGCCUAUUGCUUAGACCAGCAUGAAAAGGAAAUCACGGAGCAGAAUGACGCCAGUUGCCACCAAAACGCCGACUGCUUUGGGUGUUGGGAGACGUGUGACCUACUGGCUACCAACUUCCCUAUAUGGAGCAUCACCUGCGGCCAGCGGGAUAUAUGUGAGGCGGGAUGUGAAGCGGCGUGUGCUUUCCAUUCGUCGCACCCGAAGUCUGUGGUGCCACUCAGUCAACACAACUCCCGCCUUACCCUCGUCUUCAGUGGUUCUGCAGCACAAUGGACACUUUCCUGGGGCCGCGAGGCCACCAGGGAGCACGUGGUCUUCGCCCUCUUCACCCGGACUCCCGGCAAGUCCUGGAGCCUUCGCCUCCAGACAGCGGAUUUCGGUGCUGGUUUAGACGAUGUCCCAAGCGGGUCAGACAUGAAACUAGUGGCUGUGGCUGAGUCGGGUGUUCUCUCUGUCAUCAUUACCCCCUACGCUCCACCUGUUCAUUCCAAGGGCAUAACGAAGCCUCCGCUUGGCUCGUCCCGCUCACAUUCUUCUGGUGAGCGCUCCGAGGUUAAUGGUAUUGAAGGUGAUGCAGCAGCGAUGUGGCCAUUACUCCAUGAGGCGGAAGUGGAGGACUCUGGUUUAGUCGCCGCUCGUGUAUGGUGGGUGCCACAGACUCCUCGGGGCGGUGACUACCUGGUUACUUGGGAGGUAGAGGGCGGAGGGCUGAAGGGCCACCUGUACACCGACUUGCCUGAGGUUGACCUGACUCUCUGGCCCGAGACUGUGUACCACGUGCAGGUGGAGCUGGUCACAGGCCCACGCGGCGAAGCUGUCUGUUCCGCUCAACUGACGCUUGAUACUCACAAUAUCACUCUUGCUGCCCAUGCCCGCCAGAAUGACAUCACGCCGACGCUGCCUCUUGUUCAUAAAGCUGUGACACCGGUACAGCUGGAGGUAGUGUUGGGCAUAGGGGCAGGCAUUUUGUCGGCACUUCUAGUGGUGAUAGUGCUGAUAUGGAGGCGAAAACAGGCUAGUGGACUUGCCUAUGACGCCACUUCUCCCUCAUCCGCUAAGUGGGGUACGUGGAACCGUACUCUGUCGGACCUCACUCUGGACGAGUCCCUAGUUGUCAAGAAUCAUAAACUACCAGAGUCCAAUGUUGGCUUGUCCACGUCCGCACGUACACCACCCUUCCCCGUCUACACCUUGGCUCCACCCACAGAUCCUUCAUCAACCCUGUUGAGACUGGCACGCCCCACCCACAGCCACGUCAACCUGUAUAGCGUGGUACCGCCUAACCAAGAGUCGCGCAGUGUCUCCAUCAUUUAGAUGCUGCAAGAUGGGACCCGAAGAACCUAUGGUCUUCCACCAACAAUAUUUUAUGGCUCAAGUUUGAAUGAUGUCAUUUGUACCUGGGCACCUUGGUUACCUUGAGGUUACCAUGAGGUGCUUCCGGGGCUUAGCGUCCCCGGUCGUCGACCAGGCCUCCUGGUUGCUGGACUGGUCAGCCAGGCUUGUGGAUGCGGCUGCUCCCAGCCUGACGUAUAAGUCACAGCCUGGUUGCGUCACAGUCUGGCACAAUGAUGGUUUGUGCGUCACUUGUGCGUCAUGGGCAGGCCAUGCGUGUGUCAAGGAAGACGAGCUGGUUGAGUAAAGGUAGGCACAAGUUUUUUGUAGGGUGCAGUUGUGUGUGACUUGACUGAUGUGUGUGGCAGGUUAAGCUUUGUAAGCUUCACGGAAGGUUGGAACAAUGUGUGCUAUCAAAUAUAAAGUGGCUGUGCCAAAGACAGCAGAAGCCAUGUGAGUAAAUGUACACUGAAACCAUGUGUGGCAGUGUGGACUAAAGUAGUGUAAAUUACGACUAUGACCGAUAUUUUUUUAAUUUUUGGAGCAAGAUAAGGUGUGAAAUUCCUGUAAAUCGCUCUUUGAAUUUUCCCAUGGAUUUUCCUAUAGAAUGUAAAGGAUGCGACUACAACCAAGUAUUUUCCAAAUUUAGGGAGAGAUAAUCCCCCCCC